AUGUCUUUUACGGGAGAAAAUACAUACACCAGUAUUCAACCCGCACGAACCCUUCAUCACGCCAAUAACAACCCCGAGACGCCAUAUAGUGCCGUCUCGUCAUUUAACUUACCAGUCACUUACGACUCGUCUCUCGUUACACCAGUCUCCAUGUCGGCAUCCCCUCAUGUACCGAGGACGACCUCUUCGCCGAAUUCGAGCAAAGAGAAACCAAUCAAGAUGUCUCCCGUAUCACCUACCUAUCUUGGCUUCCAAGAAGAAGAUGGAUUUGGUGCAACAAGAUUUCACAACGAACCGAUGAAAUACAAAGAUCCACCGAAUGCACUUUAUGUUUCUACCCCAGAAAGUACUUUCCCAGCUUCACCAUAUCCUGAACCCUUCUUUGGCAACUUUGGUGUGUCAGCCCCAACGACUCGGAACCCAGCACCUUCACCACCAUUACAUCCUCAUCAGAGUCCAAGUCUCCAUUCUGCGGGAGGGUUGAGCAAUGAUAGUAGAAAUUCGCGUCAACCAACGCCUGGACAAGCUUAUAGAAGCCACAACCAAACACCUAUUCUCAUCGCACCAAACCCAGCGAGUUUACGUAAAGAUAGUGGUGUGUACCGACAAAACUCAAUUCAGUCAAACCACUCACACGGUUCAGGUUCUCACUCUCAUGGACUUCCUCAGAUGCAUUACUCUCCACAACAUCAUGAUAGUCACAUGCUUCCCUCAUCAGGAUCAAAGAAGCGUAAAUCUCCAGACAGUGGUCUCGAUCAUGAGUAUGCCAAUGGCAAUCAACAGAUGACGGGAGAAGAACAGCUCCUCCUUCGCCUCACCGACCAACUCAAUCUACCUUGGAAAGAUGUCAUGGCACGUUUCAACGACGAGACGGGAAAAUCGAUGAAAGUUCCGGCAUUACAGAUGCGCAAGAAGCGCCUUUUGGAACGGCUAAGGGAGCGAGCGUUGACUAUGGCUAUGGAAGACUACGACAAGCAGAGAUGGGAGACUAUCGCCCGGGACAUGCUCAAACAUGGCUCUACUGAGAAAUGGACCAAGGAAGCGGUGCAGCGGAAGUGGUACGAGAUGCAUCCUAAUGGCUCUCCGUUGGUUGAAUACGCGUCUCCGGGGGAAUAUGAGCUCGGAAAUCGCGUCCAGUAUCAACGACCUGGCAUGCCGUAUAGUCCGCAGACGCCAAUGGGCGGCUAUCACGGCAUGCCCCUCCAUCAACGCCACCACUCCUACUCCGGCCCACCAGAAACCCAUAAACUGCCUCCCUCACACCCUCUCCACGCCGUUCAACAAGUCGCUCUCGGUCUCCCCCCCUUACGCCCAGCUUCUCCGGACCUGAUGAACCUCCUCCCGCCGUUCCGCCACCAGAAUACCUCUCCACCCACGGUCAGCAUGGAUGAAGUACGCUCGAGAGCGGGGAGCGAUGCGAGUCAGCAGAUGGCCAUGCAUCAGAAACAGGCGCAGAUGAUGUUUGAGGAGCAGAAGAGACGGGAGGAGGGGCGCAUGAGGGCGUUGCUGGAGGUUGGGGGGCAGAGAGCCGCGACGGGGACGCCGUUGCCAAGUCAGGUUUAUGCGCAGAGUCAGAGGGAGGGGAGGGAGUAG